AUGCACAGAAAUCGUGACAAGGAGAUCUUGUGGGAGAAUGUGCUAUCGGAGAGCCCACGCUACCUUCAAGGGAAUUUCCAAAUAACCCGCUUUCUGGGCACCCUCGCACGGAAGCUUAACUCACAGCUGCAAUGCGGGAAAUGCCCAAGUGAAGAGAACCAAAUUUUCCUCCAAAUUGAGCGCUAUCCGGCGAUUUGCGGUGUAUCGAAACGAGAAGUGAUCGGGCCGAAACAUGUCGAAAGCACGAGCGACGAGUUGGCGAAGAAAUUCGUCGACUUUGGAGUGAUCCCCGAAGAGACAUUGAAGGUGAUCAGGGGGGAGAAUGUCGAGAAUCAACACAGCUUCGAAUUGAGUGAAGCGCUCGACUUUUUGACCGAUUUGCUGGCGCCGGUGAUCGAGGAUUGUUUGAGUGACGAGAAGUUGAUUGUCAACUUCUUCAAUGGAGAACGAGAGAAUUUCAAGAAGGAGAUCGCUACGAAUCAGAAGAAAUUGUGGAAAAGGCUUAAUGAGGAAGAGAUACCAAUCAAUUGUCGACAUUUCAUCCCGAAGAGUGUUGCACAAGAAAGUGUCCAAAACAUCUUCAACAACAAGUUACCCCUUAGCCAAAACUCGUGGCAACAUUUGAGUGAAGCGAAGCGACUCAUCAAUCCCAGCGCUUCACAGAAUGUUGAGUCGUUUCGUUUACCCAAUCAGAUACACAUGAUUCAAUCAAAAGAGGCAACGAUUCAAGCAAAGAUCUACGAACUGGAAGAGGAGAAGGAUCUUGAUUUUGACGCGUUGACAAUCGACGAGCUGAGGGCAGUGUUGCCGAAAAUCGAUAAGAACACGAAAAAAUGGUACAUAGGCAAGAAAGAGCAACGACAACAGCUCUGCUGGACGACGAGUGUACCGUCAUGUGUCCUUUCAUCGAGGUGCUCGACGAGAUGGAAAAACGAUUCACGCGUCGAGUUGAAUUAUUUGAACGAGAUGAAGAAUUUGAAUGUGAUUCCAAAAAUGCUUGUGCCAUUCUUUAUGAGAAAGCGUUAUGUUCCUUAUCUUUUCAAAAACCUUCAAAAGCUAAUGUUUGAGAUUCGACGUGAGUCAAAUGAUUUCCUUCGAAAAAAUCCGAAUGGACGUUGUGAGCUUGACGAGGAAACAUUGAAAUGUGUAAAGCAUCGGAAAGCAUCGUCCCAUGAUGAGAUUUGCUCUAAACUUGGCCGAAGAAUCGCCGCCACAACUUGGAAUUUCUGGCAUAAUGAGCCGAUUUGUUUGCCAUCUAAUGUGCCAUUACCAAAAAUAAACAACAACGACAAGACGCAGUGCCGGAUUUCUUUCAUCAACGAAGAAUCGAAUCCGAGAAAUGCCAACGUGCUAACGGAUCGUUUCAUCAGUCCACUGUCAAAAGAUAAAUUAAAUUCAACGAGUCAAAUCAAUAAACGAAAGAGUAGCUCACCGCAAAGAGAUCCAAUAAAGCGCCCAACAUAUCGCUGGGUAACGCCUGAAUGGAAGGUGCCGCUGGAUGAGAUCCCACUACCGGAGGGGAUACCACCGAGAACAGUGGAAAGAGCACAGAGCGCCAAGCUCUCAGCACCAGAGCCAGUUGUUCCCGAAUCACCACCUCCAGCUCAAGAGCCACAACCCAUCUACAAUCACAGUCUUGUGAAAGAAGAAGUAAACUCGGCUGAAGACGGGUUUGUGGAAGAACCUCAGUUGUUAUUGGAAGAAGAAACCGAAGUAGAGAAUGAUGGGGAGAAUCGAGAUGAAGCGAUUGUUGAUGAGUUGUCUCAAGUGCCAAACAUCUUUCCAUUGACGAAGAAAUUCCUGCGUCUUUUGGGGAAACAGUGUGGUCGAACAGUGAUCACUUUCAGUGAAGUCGAUGAGGAUAAUUUGUGGACUGUGAGCGUCUCAUUUUCGGAGAUUCAUCCGAAUCUCUUUAGUGGAUGUGCAAUUGAUGAGGAUGUGAGUGUUGCCGAGUUGAAAGCGUAUCACUCUUUGUUGGAAACGUUGGCCGACGAUCGAAUUGUCCCACGAGAGCUAGUGCCUUGUAUUCAACAUUGUGCGGAUUGGGGUCCUCCACUCGCCAAGCAAAUAGCUUUACUCUUUGAUUUUGUCAUCAACAUAUAUGCAACAAUCAAUUCUGACGCAAUGUAUGCACCGGAGAGGGUACACAAGGCGAUUUACGAGUACUCGAGCGAGUAUUGGAGGAAAACCUCGCUCGCUUUGCCUGCAGAGAUUGAGUUACCUGAGUAUUCAUCAAUCCUUUCGAAGCCAGAAAACGCGAAGAACUUGGUGAUGCUAGUGAGCGCUCCACCGAUUGUCCAACAGCCGAAAGUCGAUCCAGAAAGCAUCCACAACUUCUCCAAUUCAUCCAACUCAUUUGCAAGUAUUUCCUGGGAA